GUUUAGUAGAUGGAAAACAUAGUAGUAUAAUUGUUACCCACACAAUUGAAAACAAUACAUCAAAAUUUCUUUGUGGUGGUAAGGAAAAACACUGUCUGUGGAUACGUUUUGUAAAGGUCGCCCUGCUUAUCCCCCUUACACACACGAGCGCAUACUAUCUGUAUGUUGUUUUUAAUCAGAGGUCAUCCCUCUCAGGCUCCAUCCGCGCUUCCAUAGCUUGAGGAUAAAGGAGGUGCAAGGGGUCACACAGGAACUGCAAAUCGUGUGUUAUGGGUGAGGUCAUCCUACUCGGCAAAAUAGAUGCGGUAGUGGUGCAGCUUCGUAUGAAGCCGUCUAUAGGGGGUACAGACAAUAAGGACCUGCCAGAUUCCCUUCCUUCCGGUGUCACAGUCAGGUGAGGUUGAGCCUCCCUGAAGCGACAACAGAAGACGUGAACUGUGUUACACUGCUGUCGCAUAAGUCAUGGCAAAUCAGCAAAAUCCACCCAAAACCAACUAAUCAUAAAUGUGAGUUCAUUCUGGUUAUUCUCCUAUGGCUGGUUCUUGCGAGUUGGCUUGUCAUCAAGGCCCGAUUAAAGGCCAUUUUAUCAUGACACCGCUUCUCGGCGCGUGCAUCGUAGUCAAGCUAUCGAGCGCUUCAUGUAGAUAUUCUAAGACUCGUGUGAGAGUCUGUACAGUUACAACAGCCAGUUGGAUAUCCUACAUUGCACUCUCAGAGUCAUCGCCUAAGAGUGUUUCUAUAGUAAUCGUGCCCGUUUGUAAAGUUUCGAUGGAGUAGAUAACACGUAAGUGCAUCGGGUAAUCCUUUACCAAUGGGUCUAAGGGCGGUUAUGGUGCAUCAAUUCGCAAAGUCAAGCGUUAGUUCGAAAUGGUAGGAGAUCAAGACCACGACGAGUUCUCUCGACCCUGGACAUAUAAGUAUUUCAAUCGUACAAAGCUACCACUGGCGUCAGUAAAAGGAACUAGUCUCGUGGCUUAACUGUGAUAGAACCUCACUAGAACCUUGGGCUGCGCUUUUCGAAAGGAAUAUUGUGUAUAAGAUACUUUGCGUAGGUGCUGAACUGCAAAAAUCAAUUUGGUUCGCUAGCUGAGUGACGGGGACUGUGUGCCAAAAUCUUUGAGGCUGUCUUCAUCAGAUAUGAAUACUAUGGAGCGUCCAGAAUGCAUGAAUAAGACACUCUAGAUACACAGUGUCGCGUUACAGUGAUAAUCGUAAAUCAAACUUCAAGUUGAAAAUGCAAUAGGUCCCGGAAACUAUCAUAUCACCAGCAGCAUCAGGUUGAUAUCGAAAUGCACCACCAAGAUGAAAAGUACAGGAACGUCAGUGAAAAAGGCUCAUUAAGAAGCGAUAAGUGUGUAACUAAAGCAUGUAGAUUGUUAUCGAGGGAAAAUAAACCGUGUGAAAAAUAGCAGUGCUACCUAAAUGGGUGCGUUUCCGCACACGUGUGCAUGACAAAUAAAAAGCAUACUUAAUGAGUCACGUAUUUGAAAGUACCAAAUGCAGAGAGGGUAAAUAAAGCGACCUAUCGUGUUAUUCUUACUCUAUUCAAUCCCUUGAAUUCGAGAAAGAAAUAUUUGUGCAUAUAUUGAAGUUAUGGUUCUACAAAAUAUCUGUGUAAUUUAUAAUGGCAGAAGGAAAAUA